GAUUCAACAUUUUUAUUAGUACCGACUCGACGUUUGAUAUCGACGUAUAUGCGUCGCUUAGAACAAGUUUCAUAAAUCGGAAAUCAGUCGGAUAAAAUAAUAUUAGUGAAUGAAGGCAUAUCUUUGACUUUAAAAAUGACGGCCCAGAAAAACAUCUCAAUACAGAAAAAAGAGGAGAUCGACGUAUUUACAAAAAUCCAGCAAUUCGGUGUAUUUCAAACGAUACAAUAUUUAUACAUUUGUUUAUCACUUCUUAUGGUUUCUAUGACUCAUGUGAACUAUGUUUUUGUGGCUGAACACGUAAACUACAGAUGUCGCAUGCCCGAAUGUGAAGACGCCAGCCAGAACCUAACAACACCAUCGUGGUGGCCAGCUGAUGUUGAUUCGAAAUGUUAUAAGCCAAUGUUGAAAGAUCAAACAAAUAUUUUUUCAAAUCAAACCUGUUCUAACACUUCGUUUACUGGUGUUAUAGAAGAAUGCCAGGAAUGGAUUUAUGAGAACAAUGAUUCUAUUGUUGCUGAGCUGAACCUCGCGUGUGAUUCACUGAAAAUUAAUUUUGUCGGCGGCGUUCAUAACACAGGGAUGAUAGUUUCCAUGAUGUUCGCUGGCUGGUUAGCCGACAAAAUGGGAAGAAAACCGACGUUGAUUAUUUGUGCCGUUGGUGCCAGUGUUGGAUUAUUCAAAUUAUUCGUAACAGAUUACUAUCCUUACAUUGUACUAGAAUUUCUUGAAGCUGUCAUGGGGGCCGGUCUAUAUACAGUUGGAGUUGUUUUAAUGAUUGAAGUUGGAGGGAAUUCCAAACGAGUACUGACAGGCAUUGUCUUCUCCUAUGCGGUCUACGUCGGUGAAAUAGUCUUCGCUUUCUUAGCCAUGUCCCUGAAAUAUUGGAAAUGGCUGGUACUGGUAGUAUACUCGCCAAUGAUACUCUUCGUAUUGUACAUAUUUCUGCUCAAAGAGAGUACGAGAUGGCAAAUGCUUCGUGGUCGCAUGGAGGAAGCGCGGAAGACUCUGAAGAUCAUCGCGAAAGUUAAUAAGAUAGAGAUGGAUGAGGCAGAAAUCACUGGGACAAGUGAUGAUGACUUGCGUCUAAUGUUCGAUGUUGUAGAGGAAAAAGAGAAAGAAGAUUUCAAGAUCAUUGUAGCCUCGAAGGAGAUGAUGACACGGCUGACUGUGACGUCAUUCUGCCUCUUCACAUCCAGCUUCCUCUACUACGGCGCAUUAGUGCACUGUGUGCUCCUACCGGGAGAUAAAUAUGUUAACUUUAUUCUGUCUGCCCUGACGUCAUUCCCAGGAGAGAUGAUUGCUUAUUACACAUUUAAUAAAUAUGGAAGGAAAAUAACCAUGCAAUUCGGCUAUUUAGUAUCAGCUUCGUUCCUUAUUGCUCAGAAUUAUAGUCCUGACUCUUUGUCUUGGUUGAAAGUUUUGUUUUUCCUGAUAUCCAAACUUGGAGUGGUAAUCUGUUUCACCGGAAUUUACACAUACAGCAUGGAACUGUUCCCUACCAGUGUCAGAGGAACAUUAUUCGGUAUCGGGAAUACUGCGGCUAGGAUCGGGGGUGUGCUGGCACCCCUAACCCCAUUAUUGAUAACAGAGUUCCCAGCAUUGCCAUCGAUCUUGUUUUGUUUGACUGCCGUGAUUUCUGCAGUGAUGUUAAUAUUUACACCUGAAACCAAAUCAUUACCGAUGUUCGACACCAUUGCCCAAAUUGAACUGUAUAAAAUUUCACAAAAAAAUAAUGAUGACUCGAUUGUUGAUGACACUAUAUUUUCCACGAAAUUAUAGACUAGGAUGGUUUAAGAUUUUUUAGUGAUGUUCAAGAAUUUAUGAUUUUGAAAUAGAAGCUUUCAAACAACUAGCUUUGGAAGAAAUACUGUGUAAAGCUGACGCCUAAUAUUAGUUGUAGUACCUAGAUAAGUAUUACUUAAUUUUACGAUUAAAUUGUUACCGAUA